AUGGAGAGCGGGUUCUCGGGCACCAUUGUACCGGAACAUAAAGGGGAGGCAACGCAUACUAUCCCGGGAGAGUGUGAGAGGCUCUUCUGUGACACACUGUCUGUGAUUUUCCUUGGUGAGGGGAGAUUCUCUAGACAAGAGUUGCUUGGGGUAGAUGCGUACCAGGCACAACCGAGCAGUUUAAGUUAUGAGCAUAGCCAACUUCAAGACUGGGUUGAGGUUCUGGAUUAUACAAGCGAUUGUAUCUACCGAGGAUUCGUGACCGAGUUGAAUGAGGAGCGCGCUCUAUUUAUAUUUUUCGGGGAACGUGCACUAGGGCAAGGCCUCAAGACUGGGUUGAUUGCCCUUUUUGAGCUUGCAGGUCUCUCAGAAUUUGGGUGCUCCCAGAUCAUUAUAAUCAGUAAAGGGUUUACCGGUCGCCAUGGCCGCGCGUAUCUAGUGUCUGCGGAACCUAUCGCUUGUGCAGUAUCCCUCGGUACAACGUCCUCACCGACAGAUUCACUCCCAAAUACCAUAAUACAGAACCCCGUAUCGCGUCAACUAGUCACCGGUGCUCAUACAGUUAGUGACAUCAGUUGUGCUUUUUGCGGCAGUGUGCUUGGAUGGAAAUAUGUUGCCGCCGAGGAGGAAUCGCAACGUUACAAGGUUGGCAAAUUUAUUUUGGAAACGAAACGGACUAUGACGUCUUCCUCAUGGGAGUCAGCUUCAUAUGCCGACCCUAUUGCAUUACCUGGACUGCGGCCCUUGGACCUCGAGGUAUCGGGCGAUCGUGUGGAGUUCGAUAGCCAGGACGAAGAUGAAUGUGAAGAUCUGUUCGCUGGUGUUUGGAGUCCUGGCCUGGCUAUCCGACGGCGAAGCCGCAAACUAGACCGUCAUCCGUCAAUUUUCGGUAUCACGCCCUGA